AUGUUUCCUCUUAGGGACGACAACACAGAUCUUUAUAUCUGGAGCAUGCGUGUCAACUUUUGAGACUUUCGCUGGUUGUUCGAUCAAACUUUUCAGAUCAUGCAAACGUUUCUUAUUUUAGUCUCCUCUUACGCUUCGUGCUUGGCUGCUGCUGCGCGAUCAAACUUCACCGAGGUUCAGGCAGCACUCAACAGCAUCAGCAUAAUAAAUGUAGAUGACGUCCGUGGCAACCUCUACUUGCCCGCUGGCUCGGAUGGUUCGAACGUAACUUGGUCUAGUAGCUCGCCGUCUAUCAUAUCGCCUGAUGGUAUCGUACACCGAGAGUCUAUCGAUGUCAUAGUCACACUCACGGCGACGGUUGAAAAUGAUGGAUCAACUGGAAAUCGUACGUUCACCGCCAAUGUACGACAAGCGGUUAUACUCGACCCACUCGAAGGGUACGCAUUCUUCUACUUCACAGGAAACGAUAUAGCUGGCGAGAAGAUCUACUUGGCCGGCAGCGAAGGCAACAACGCACUAAGCUGGUCGCAGCUGAAUGGUGGCCAGCCCAUUUUAACCUCAACACAAGGCACGAAAGGACUGCGUGACCCAUUCAUCAUUCGAUCACCUGAAGGAGACACCUUCUACUUGCUAGCGACUGACCUUUCCAUUGGAUCUGGCACUUCUUGGGGUGAUUCUGUGCGCACCGGCAGUCUAUAUUUGGAGAUAUGGGAAUCCAACGACCUCGACACUUGGUCACAACAACGCCAUGUCAAGGUUUCUCCAUCCACCGCUGGCAACACAUGGGCGCCAGAGGCCUACUACGAUACGACCAUUGGAUCAUAUCUGGUAUUCUGGGCGUCUUCGAUCUACGCUGAAAAUGACACCAACCAUACCGGAUCAACAUACCACCGGAUGCUCUACGUUACGACACGCGACUUUGUAACCUUCAGUGAUCCCGUUGUAUGGCAGGACGCGGGGAUGUCGCGCAUCGAUUCGACCGUCAUUGAAGAGAACGGCACAUUCUACCGCUUUACCAAGGACGAAGGCGCCUCAGGUACAGGCUGCGCUGAUAUUAUCCAGGAGCGUUCAACAUCGCUUCUUGCCACUCUUCCGUCAUGGGCCCAGGUCGCUGCAUGUAUCGGGAAAAACGCAGGCACACGUGCAGUUGAGGGACCAACGGUCUUCAAAGCAAACACCGGAGAUGUCAACGGCGAGAAAUUCUACCUCUUUGUGGAUGAGUAUGGUGGCCGUGGAUAUAUUCCGCUCGAGACGGCUGACAUCGCGCACCCGAACUGGCAAGUGUCGAGUUCGUAUACGCUUCCGACAAGCCCGCGCCACGGCACCGUACUUCCAGUGACUGCUAAAGAACUCGCCUCUCUGAAAGCGUCAUACGUGUCAACGAGACGAAGAAACACUCGUAGGGCUAGCGUCCUUGCAAGGGACAGCCCCGUGCUUCCAGGUCUAUACGCAGACCCAAACAUUGCCAUCUUCGGCCAAACCUACUACAUCUACCCGACGACCGAUGGCUUCUCGGAAUGGGGCGGUCAAGUAUUCUACGUCUGGAAAUCGCCAGAUCUUGUUACAUGGACGCGAUCUGUCGAACCAAUACUGACUCUCAACGGCACUGAUGGCAACGUCCCAUGGGCAUCCGGCAACGCUUGGGCUCCAACGAUCAUCGAGAGGGGUCGCAAGUUCUAUUUCUACUUCAGCGGCCAUAAUCCGACAUAUAACCGCAAAACCAUCGGCGUCGCUGUGGCAGACUCGCCGGAAGGUCCCUUCACCGCACAACCCACUGCUAUGAUCCUGAACAACGAGAACGUCACAACUGGUCAGGCGAUCGAUUCAGCAGCAUUCCGAGACCCGACAACGGGGAAAUACUACCUGUUCUGGGGUAAUGGCAGCCCGCCUCUAUACGCAGAGUUAGCGGAUGACAUGGUUUCCCUAAAGAAUGGAACUAUCACUGCGAUCAGUGGACUGACAAACUUCCGCGAAGGCAUCUUCGUCAACUUCCGUGCCGGUCUGUUCCACCUCACAUAUUCCAUCGACGACACAAGGUCUGAGAACUACCGCGUGGGUUAUGCGACGUCUGAGAGCGUCGCGGGGCCGUGGACGUACCGCGGCGUUAUCCUGCAGAAAAAUACAGCGCAGGGGAUACUUGGUACAGGACAUAGCUCUAUUGUCAAUGUGCCUGGGACGGAUGAUUGGUAUAUCGCGUACCACCGAUUUGAGAUUCCAGGAGGAAAUGGUACAAACCGUGAGACUACGGUUGACAGGUUGUAUUUUGAUGGCGCGACUGGGCUUAUUGUGCCUGUUGGGCCAACGCUUAGCAGUGUGGGGCCGCAGAUUAUCACGGUGCAAUAGGAGGGAAGAGAGAGUUGCUGUUGGGUUGAAGAGAUUUUGUGAUUCGUAGAGGACUCACUAUGAAGGAAUAUAUUGAAAUACAGAAGGUUAAGAUGAGCUUAUCUUUAUAAAUGGUAUCAACUAAAUGGAGAAAAGG